AUGUAUUCCAUUGCGACGUCAAACGCAAAUUUGGCAGCUCACAGUACUGAGACGUCCUAUGUGUUGUUUCGAAUGUAUAAUGGUCCGAACAGAACAGUGGGACCGUUGUUUAUACGCAACCUGAAAUGUGCAAGACAGUCCUCAGCCUACCAAAAGCGUUAUGAAAAUGAUUGCUUGAAACGGAGUGAGCUUGAAACUGGCCACAUGUUUGUUUCCAGACCUAUUCCGGUCCAAUUCUGCACCAUGUACGUCACCAUGCUCAUCAUCCUCUCUGUCCACUUUAUCUACCGCUACGUCGCUAUCUUCUAUCAUAGAUACAUUUGGAUAUUCAACAAAUUCUAUUUGGGCUUAUGGGUACUUGGGUCCUUCACUCUUGGAUUGCUUCUAAUAUCUCUCAAAUACUUUUUCCUCGGAGAGUUCCCUCAUUUUACAGAGCAGUUGAGAGAAGAAUUUCUGACUAACUAUAAUCUCACCAUGGACCAAGUGCUAUAUAACGGACCUAUCUAUUACAUCUGCGAUGAAAAAGACGUCUGCACUAAGCCUAUCGGUGUUUGGCUAACAAUGUUGGCAUUAUGCUCUUGCUUCGUAAUCUGUCUGGCAGUGAUGGGUUAUUUUGGUACCCGUUGCUAUUAUAGACUCUAUCAAAUGAAAUCAGAACUCAGCGAGCAUACAAGUAAAAUGCAGAAGCAGUUACUAUUUGCUCUGGUGAUCCAAGCAGGGAUCCCAAUUGUUAUCAUGUAUACACCAACUGCUCUUCUCCUAGUCUCUCCGAUUGUUGGGGUAUCCUUUGGUGCAUAUUCCAAUAUUGCGGUGUCCAUGGUUGCAGUGUACCCACCCUUAGAUCAGUUAGCAAUUAUAUGGAUCAUUCGAGACUAUAGAAAUGCUAUAAAACGAUUGUUCUGUCGAAAAGUUGCUCAACAAGAAGUCACUUCCUUAUACUCAAAGGGUCGAACUUCUCUAUAA